AUGGAUCAAAAAUCGGAAAUCCCUGCAGAUCCAAAGCUGGAUCCUGCAAACCAACAUCCGCAUGCUCAUCACCACCACACCGCCUUUGCCGAACAGGGGCGCGAAGAAGAGGUAGUUUAUGCGCAGGAUACAUUUGACAAGGGCGUCGAGCCAGCACCCGUCGACACUGCCAGCAAGAAUUCCGACGAAGAAGCCGCGCAGAGAUCUCCGGCACACCGAACGUGGCUCCGUCGCGUAGGAAAACAAUGGCGACACAUGGUUCAUGCUGUCAUUUGGCUCUUGUUUACCGGCUGGUGGAUUGCUGGCCUGAUUCUGCAUCGAUAUGACCGGGGAUGGUUGAUUCCUUUCCUCCUCUACCUAGCUAUCACCCUGCGGAUCAUCUUUUUCUACGUGCCCAUCACCAUCGUCACAAAGCCCAUGUACUGGGUGUGGGAGCAUACCGCUCGUCCCUUGGUGGGCGUCAUUCCGCCAAAGCUCAGAACCCCUCUUGCAGCUUUGCUGUGUGUUGCAGUGAUUCUGGUCGGCUCGUUCGCUUCUCCCGAGUCGGAGGAUAACACUCGUGCGAACCGAGCGGUCAGUCUAUUCGGUAUGCUGGUCUUCAUCUUUGGUCUGUGGGCCACUUCACGGAAUCGUAAGAAGAUCGUCUGGCACACCGUCAUCGUCGGCAUGUUAGCGCAGUUCAUCAUCGCCCUCUUCGUGCUCCGCUCAGGUGCUGGCUACGAUAUCUUCAACUUUAUCUCUGGCCUGGCCAGUGAUCUGCUCGGAUUUGCCGUUGACGGUGUCACCUUCUUGACAAGUGAGGAUUUCUAUAACACGAAAACCCCCUUUGCCCCCGCAAACUUCUUCCUCGUCAGCGUCGUGCCUGCAAUUAUCUUCUUCGUCUCCCUGGUCCAGCUGUUAUAUCACUAUAAUAUCCUCCAGUGGUUCGUCGGCAAGUUCGCCGUGUUCUUCUUCUGGAGCAUGCGAGUUUCCGGCGCCGAGGCCGUCGUCGCCGCCGCCUCGCCUUUCAUCGGCCAAGGUGAAUCCGCCAUGCUGAUCCGUCCGUUCAUCGAACACCUCACCAUGGCCGAAUUGCACCAAGUCAUGUGUUCCGGCUUUGCCACCAUCGCCGGAAGUGUUCUCAUCGCCUACAUCAGUAUCGGUGUUAACCCGCAAGCAAUGGUCAGCGCCUGUGUCAUGAGUAUCCCGGCUUCGCUGGCGGUUUCCAAGCUUCGCUGGCCCGAAGAAGAAGAAUGUCUCACGGCCGGCCGUGUGGUCGUCCCUGAAAGCGAGGAUCAUAAAUCAUCCAAUGCCUUGCACGCUUUCUCGGGUGGUGCGUGGCUCGGUCUCAAGAUCGCUUCUAUGAUUGCUGCAACUUUGCUGUGUAUUAUCUCUUUCGUGGGACUCAUCAACGGUCUCCUGACUUGGUGGGGCCGAUACCUCAACAUCAAUGACCCCCCUCUCACCCUCGAGCUUAUUGUCGGCUACAUCUGCUAUCCGAUUGCCUUCUUGCUCGGUGUUUCCCGUGAUGGAGAUUUGCUGAAGGUCUCCCAACUAAUUGGUCUCAAGCUCGUCACCAACGAAUUCGUCGCUUACAAGGCGCUCCAAGACAGCGCAGAUUAUGCUGAUCUUUCUGAUCGCUCUCGCCUCAUCGUCACCUACGCCCUUUGUGGUUUCGCCAACAUUGGAUCCCUGGGCAACCAGAUCGGUGUGCUUUCGCAGAUCUCGCCCGGUCGUGGUGGUGAUGUUUCGCGUGUGGCAUUCAGUGCUAUGAUUACUGGCGCCAUCAGUACUUUCACCAGUGCUUCUGUUGCCGGGUUGCUUAUUACCAACGAGAAGCAAUACUUCGGUACCUAG